AUGCAAGAAGCAGAAGAUUCCAGAAUUAGGGAUAAAUCAUCUAAGGACAAAGACCAGGUGGAUGGCACCAAUAUGAGCUCUGACAGUAAGAAGGGAGUGAAAGUCAGUGGGAAGUAUUCAGUUACUGGAGACAGGGAAGGACAAGACAGUUUACCUGGCCUAAGACCAACAGAUAACCCCAUCGUAACUUCCAUUCGUCCUCCACACUGUAGACCCUCUGUAUACACUGACUCUCAGCAGGAGGAGAGUGUCACCAGAGAGGAACAAAUAAAGCAAAGUCACUCCCAUGAAGCAGGUGUCUCAAAGCAAACGAUGGAAGAGCUUAAGAGUGUAUUAAAAGAUACCACCCAGUUACAUACUAAAGAGAGGAAUGAGCAUCAGUCAUGGAGUCCUUACACCUACUUACACGGGACUAAAGCGGAUGGUCGCCAGGAUGAGGGAUCCUCUAAGUCCUUCAGCACUUUCAGACCCCUUACAGAGAGCACUAGAAGAUCCUCAAGGCCCCGGGGUAGCACUGCAUCUCAGCAAGAUGGUGGUUCUUCAAGAUCCCUUGCUUCUUCUACUCAGUCAUCCAGUUUGAGGUCUCCAACUCCCGAAAGGUCUCACUGGGAAGAGACUUGGUCCUCUGAGACAGAUAAUAAUAAGGACACCACCCAGACAGACAUGAUUUGGUCUCGAAGCUUCAUCUCUGAUGUGGAACAGAUAAAACAGUAUAUUUCCCGUGAAGACGUAAGCUUUGUUCGCUUUGAAGCUACAGAUCUCCAUGGAGUGUCCCGAUCUAAAACUGUUCCAGCUCGCUUCUUCCACGAAAAAGCAGUGUAUGGUGUGCCAAUGCCAAGAAGCUACUUAGAGUUAACUCUAAGCCCCAAAAUCAAUGAGGUAGAUCAUCCAAGUGCCCCUAACUUCAGCAGUGACGUGCUAUUGAUCCCUGACCUCUCUACCUUCCGAAUCCUGCCAUGGACUGAACAGACAGCCCGGAUCAUCUGUGACCCCUGCAUGGUCACUGGGACCCCUCUUCGCACCUCGCCUCGUCUUAUUGCCAAGCAAUUGUUAGGUCAGCUACGGAACAUGGGGUUCUCCCUUCAUUCCUGCUUUACCUACGAGUGUUAUAUCCUGGGAGCUCCUGAGAGAGUGGGCCCAAAAACUGUCUUUUUUCCUGCUACCACAUUGCUAAGUAACCAUGACCUCCCCUUUCUGCAGCACCUGGUGAAUGGUAUGUACUACAUGGGUGUAGAUGUAGACAGCUUUGCAUCUGCAAGUGGUCCAGGGCAGAUGGAGAUCUCUUUCAAGCCCCAAUUUGGGAUAGAGGCUGCGGACAGUGCCUUCACAUUUCGCACUGGUAUUAAAGAAGUGGCACGUAAAUUCAGUUACAUUGUCAGCUUCUUUACCGAUGAUGGAAUCUACAAUUCAGGCCUGUUCUCACACAGUCUCUGGGAUGCCAAUGGAAGGCGUAGCCUUUUCCACACUGGAAAUGGGGAGAUGUCUGAAAUAGGCAGGAAGUGGCUUGCUGGUCUUCUUCACCAUGCACCUGCCCUCAGCUGCCUUUUGGCUCCUGGUAUUGGCUGUCGCAGUCAGCUGACAAAGGACAUGAAAGAUCGUAAGCGUCCUUUCUAUGCCACAUGUGGCUACAACAACAACAGCUGUGCAUUCAAUGUGAAGCUUCAUGGUGGUAGACUGACUCACAUCGAUAACAGGCUGGGCUCAGCCAUGGCAAACCCUUACAUUGUGUUAGCUGCUACUGUAGCAGCUGGGCUUGAUGGUAUCAAGCGUAAUCUCAGCGUGGACCAGGGUCUAAACAGAGCUCCAGCCCAGCAGAAAGAGUUUGCUAUCCCUGUUAAGUUGGAGGAUGCUCUAGAGGCUCUGGAGGAGGACAGCAUGCUGUGCGGUGCCCUGGGUGAACCAUUUGUUCAGUAUUUCCUUGCUAUGAAGCGGUUUGAGAUUGAGACUCAGGAGUUGGAUGCAGAGAGGAACAAAAGCCUGGAAUAUUUCAUUUAG